AUGGCGUUUAUGAGCGGCCUGUGGAAUUCGAUCGUUGGUUGCAACGACAAGGAGAGCGACUGGAGCGAGGUGGCAACCCUGUACCUAGACCAGCGUCUAAAGUACUUCUCAGUGUCUGAAAUCGACAAGGAGGUGGCGCCUAUAGUCUUCGCCGAAGCACACAGGAUCGCGUUCAACAAGACCGGCCUCGGGCUCAGUUACACGCCCCUGAACUUCGUCACAAUUUUCCACAUCGACACGAGGAAAGCGGAAGUCAGAAUGCCGAGCGGCCACAUUGACCAGCCAGUCAUCGAGGACAACAGGGAUGGCACCGUCAGCAUCAAGUACGACCCUCGAGAGGAAGGCGUCCACGAGCUGUACGUCAAGUAUAACGGAGAGCAUGUCCAGGGUUCGCCGUACAAGUUCCACGUUGACUCCAUUCAGUCCGGGUAUGUCACGGCUUACGGCCCGGGCCUAGUCAGCGGCGUGAGCGGCGAGCCCAGCCAGUUCACCAUCAGCACCAAGGGAGCUGGGUCCGGUGGACUGUCAAUGGCCGUGGAGGGUCCCAGCAAAGCUGAGAUAACCUGUCACGACAACAAGGAUGGCACUGUUGCCGUGUCCUACCUACCGACAGCUCCAGGGGAGUACAAGGUCUCUGUGAGGUUCGGAGACAAACAUAUCAAGGGAUCCCCGUUCACCGCCAAGGUGACUGGAGAAGGUCGCAAGAGGAACCAGAUCUCUGUGGGUAGCUGCAGCGAGGUCACUCUACCCGGGAAGGUCAGCGACAAUGACAUCCGAAGCCUCAACGCAUCAAUCCAGGCUCCCUCUGGUCUCGAAGAACCCUGUUUCCUCAAGAGGCUGCCAUCCGGCAACAUUGGCAUCAGUUUCACGCCCCGCGAGGCUGGCCAACACAUUGUCUCCGUCAAGAAGCUGGGCGUGCACAUCCAGAACUCGCCCUUCAACAUCACCGUCCUGGACCAGGAAGUCGGUGACGCAAAGAAGGUUAAGGUGUCCGGUACAGCCCUUAAGGAAGGCAAGACCCACAGUGAGAACACCUUCAGUGUGGACACCAGAAAUGCGGGUUACGGUGGUCUUUCACUGUCGAUUGAAGGGCCCAGCAAGGCCGAGAUUCAGUGCGCAGACAGCAAAGAUGGCGUCCUAGCUAUAAGCUACAAGCCAACGGAGCCUGGAUACUAUAUCGUGAACCUGAAGUUUGCCGACCACCACGUCGAGGGCUCCCCGUUCACUGUUAAGGUAUCAGGCGAAGGCAGCAACAGGCAGAGGGAAAAGAUCCAGCGGCAACGCGAUCCUGCACCUCUUACAGAAGUCGGUACCAACUGCAAGCUGACGUUCAAAAUGCCAGGCAUCACGUCAUUCGACCUGGCCGCCACCGUCACCAGCCCAGGUGGCGUCUCCGAGGACGCCGAGAUCCAGGAGGUGGAGGAUGGCCUGUACUCGGUGCACUUCGUCCCCAAAGAGCUGGGCGUUCACACCGUGUCCGUCAAGUACAGGGAGAUCCACAUUCCCGGAUCCCCCUUCCAGUUCACCGUGGGUCCGCUCCGGGAUUCCGGUGCGCACUUGGUGAAGGCCGGCGGUGCUGGCCUUGAGAGGGGCGAGGCGGGACGCUUCAACGAGUUCAAUGUAUGGACCAGGGAGGCUGGCGCCGGACAGCUGGCCAUUUCGCUGGAGGGGCCCAGCAAGGCUGAGAUCGACUUCAAGGACAGGAAGGAUGGCUCCUGUGAUGUCUCCUACAAGGUCGACGAGCCAGGCGAAUACCGCAUCGGUCUCAAGUUCAACGAGCAGCACAUCCCCGACUCGCCGUUCAAGGUCUACAUAUCGCCGGCGGUCGGAGACGCCCACCUGCUGGAGGUCGCCCAGUUCCCGGACUCCGCGCAGGUGGACAAGCCCACGCAGUUCUACAUCAGGCUCAACGGUGCCAAGGGCAGCCUGGACGGCAGGGUGAUCUCGCCGUCGGGCAAGACGGACGACUGCUUCAUCCAGAACAUCGACGGUGACCAGUACUCCAUCAGGUUCAUGCCACGCGAGAACGGAGUCCACAACAUCAACGUCAAGUUCAACGGAGUCCACAUCCCGGCGUCACCGCUCAGGAUUAAGGUCGGGAAGGACGACGCGGACCCUGCGGCAGUGCACGCUCACGGACCGGGAUUGGGAGCGGUGAAGACCGGUGCGAAGACUGACCUGAUCAUCGACACAUGCAACGCCGGUGCCGGUAUCCUGGCGGUGACCAUGGACGGUCCGUCGCGAGUCGCCAUGGACUGCACGGACGUCGAGGAAGGCUACAAGGUUCGCUACACUCCCCUCUCCCCCGGCUUCUAUUACUUGAGCAUCAAGUACAACGGCCACCACAUCGUCGGCUCACCGUUCAAGAUUGAAGCAACUGGCGAGAACUUGGCUGAAAUCGGCGCUCAAGAGACCUCCUCGGUGACCGUGGAGACGGUGCAGAAGGUCUCCAAGUCGGCCCAGAAGCAGGGUCCGAUCCUGCCCCACUUCAAGUCCGACGCGUCGAAGGUGACCAGCAAGGGUAUGGGUCUGAAGAAGGCGUACCUCAACAAGCACAACCAGUUCACAGUGCACGCCGGCGAUGCAGGUAAUAACAUUCUCUAUGUGGGCAUCUACGGCCCCAAAGGUCCGUGCGACGAGGUGCAGCUGAAGCACAAAGGCAAGAACAACUACGAGUGCUGGUACGUGGUGAGAGACAGGGGAGAGUACAUCGUCAUCGUCAAGUGGGGCGACGAGCACAUCCCCGGAUCCCCCUACAAGGUCGAGGUC